CCCCCAUUGGCCAUAACCUCACGCCUUCGUCCUUCCUUUAUUCUUUCCUCCUCUCACAAGAGCUUACUCCGUCCUCGAACCCGAAUCUCCUAGACUCCUCCUGAUCCGAGAAAUCAUCCCAGAGAUCUGAUAGCUCAUACUCGGAGGAUCUGUAAUCGGUGAGAAUCUACGAAGGUUCUUCCGCUUCGAGAAAAAUCAGAAAUGGCAGACAACAAUCCACCACCCGAAGAGAACCAAAUCGUCGAAUCCUCCUCCACCUCACUCGAAACCAUAGUCCGACGCUUCCAAGAGUCAAUGUCAGACUCAAAAACCCACAAGUUCUGGGAGACUCAGCCCGUGGGCCAGUUCAAAGACAUCGGCGACACAAGCCUACCGGAAGGCCCAAUCGAGCCCGCUACACCCUUAUCCGAGGUCAAGCAAGAGCCCUACAACCUCCCUUCCGUCUACGAAUGGACCACCUGCGACAUGGCCUCCGACGACAUCUGCUCCGAGGUCUACAACCUCCUCAGGAACAACUACGUCGAAGACGACGAGAACAUGUUCAGGUUCAACUACUCCAAGGAGUUUCUCAGGUGGGCCUUGCGUCCCCCUGGCUAUUACCAGAGCUGGCAUAUUGGAGUACGUGCCAAGACUAACAAGAAGCUUGUGGCUUUCAUUAGCGGCGUCCCCGCGAGGAUCAGGGUGCGUGACGAGGUUGUUAAGAUGGCUGAGAUCAAUUUCUUGUGCGUUCACAAGAAGCUUAGGUCUAAGAGGCUUGCGCCUGUUAUGAUCAAGGAGGUGACGAGAAGGGUGCACUUGGAGAAUAUCUGGCAGGCUGCUUAUACUGCAGGUGUUGUGCUUCCUACGCCGAUCACCACGUGUCAGUACUGGCACAGGUCGCUCAACCCGAAGAAGCUGAUCGAUGUUGGGUUUUCGAGACUUGGUGCGAGGAUGACGAUGAGCAGAACCAUUAAACUCUACAAGUUACCUGAGGCGCCCGUCACUCCUGGGUUCAGGAAAAUGGAACUGCUUGAUGUCCCUGCUGUCACGCGGUUGCUGAGGAACUACCUUAGCCAGUUUGGAGUGGCGACUGACUUUGAUGAGAACGAUGUUGAGCAUUGGUUACUCCCGAGGGAAGAUGUUGUGGACAGUUACUUGGUUGAAAGCCCUGAGACUCAUGAUGUUACUGAUUUCUGCAGCUUCUACACCCUCCCGUCGACCAUCCUCGGUAACCCGAACUACACGACGCUGAAAGCUGCUUAUUCCUACUACAAUGUUGCCACACAGACGUCGUUCCUCCAGCUGAUGAAUGAUGCGCUGAUCGUGUCUAAGCACAAGGGGUUUGACGUGUUCAACGCCCUGGAUGUGAUGCACAACGAGAGCUUCUUGAAAGAGUUGAAGUUUGGUCCGGGAGAUGGUCAGCUUCACUACUAUCUCUAUAAUUACCGUUUGAGAAGCGCGUUGAAGCCCUCGGAACUUGGGCUUGUUCUCUUAUAAGCUCCUCGAUAACUUGCGUUUGGUGUUAUUAAACUUAAGUUUGGUUUUUCGUUUUUGUUCUUCUUUUGUCUGAACUAUUUAUCUCUUGGGAUUACUGAAACUGCGGUUGAAUUCUUUUGGCAAUGCGAAUUGGAGUUUUCCAGAA